AAGGGACUUUGGACUAACCCUUACUAACGUUUGGAACCCAUUAAGUAGUAAAUGGAAAAUGCCUGAGGAUGUCAGGAAGAUUACACCACGGCCGGCUUUUGAUGCUAUUGUUGCAAGCAUGGCAAACUGCUUUGUGUUUGACUGCGACUCCGUGCGACGAACACUCAUUGAUGUGGUAUUGAUGGACGUGAUGAACAAUGACGAGUUCCAAAACAACGUGCCCAUGCGUUGUUGGGGUAACAUAUCAAUUGGAUGGCAAAGUAAACAUGCAGAGUUUGUUGGCAAAGUGGAUUAUGCUAUCAGAUGCGCACCAUGCUGGGACAAUCCACCCGCACAGGAUAUCUAUUUGAUACCUGUGCAAUCCAAAAUGGGAUGGUACUCGUCGUAUAUCAACCAAGCCAUUGCACAAGGUGCAACACUCCAAAAGAAGCGAAAAGCAGUAGGAAAGACGGCGGUUGUUUACAUCAUGCUAUCGGAUGGAUUUAUUUGGCAAUUUUUCAAUAUUGGGGAAGACGGACAUGUGCAAGCUUCUCGGAUCAUGGUUAUGGAUCUUACGAGCCAUCCCGAAGAUGUUGAAGCCAGACAGCAAGUUUUUACCUGGAUCGGGCAUCUCAUGCGCCAAGCCCGCAUUGUCGCUCUUGCGGAUGUUGCGACAGUGAAUGACAAUGAUGAAGAAUGUGAUGAGGGUGAAACUGCUCAUGAAGAUUCUGAUUGGGAUGAGAAUACGUUUAUGUAAUUAACUACUUAACCCUAUCAAAGCUAUUGAUUGCGGUUAAUGGAUGACCCCAUUUGCAAGAUAUUUUACAUCCACGUAAAAAGUCUAGUUG